AUGGCGACCCAAGUUGACGACAAGAUUGGUCCAGUUCCUGCAGAGAUGCCUCCAGUCGCGGAUAAAACCAAAACUACUCUCGUCGUGGGCAGCAGCAAGCCGACUCCUACCCAAGACGUAGGACAACAUACUCUACACGGCAAGGCUGAAGGUGCGCAGACGGAGAAGGGAGCCAAGAGCGAGAAAGAGUGUAGUGGAGAGAGAACGAAAGAAGGCAGAGAAACAAGCCAAGUCGACCAGAAGAAGGCCAAAGCCAAAGCUAAGGCUCCGGUCCUUACGCUGAGCGCGACCAAGGAGAAGAAGGCGAACACGGAGAGCAAGGCGGAGAAGAACGCUCUGCAGCCAUACGUCGAAGCGACUCCGGCCGGAAGUAAGAAGAUCAUCAAAUCCUUCGAUGACCCUUAUUACAAAGCCUAUAAUCCGCUCGCCGUUGAAUCCGCUUGGUACGCGUGGUGGGAAAAGGAGGGAUUCUUCAAGCCGGAAUUCACUGCAGAUGGCAAGGUCAAAGAUGAGGGAUCUUUUGUCAUCGUAGAGCCACCUCCCAAUGUUACUGGUAACUUGCAUAUGGGCCAUGCACUCGGCAAUGCGUUGCAAGACGUAAUGAUCCGGUAUAAUCGAAUGUGUGGCAAGACGACCCUAUGGCUCCCAGGAUGCGAUCACGCAAGCAUCUCUACACAAUCAGUUGUCGAAAACAUGCUUUGGCGCCGGCAGAAGAAGACACGUCAUGACUUGGGUCGGGCAAAGUUUACUGAGGUUGUUUGGGAUUGGAAGACCGAGUACCAUCAAAACAUCAAUCGAGUCUUGCGGAGAAUGGGAGGUUCGUUUGACUGGACUCGCGAAGCUUUUACCAUGGAUGAAAACUGCACCGCUGCGGUUCUGGAGACUUUCGUCAAAUUGCAUGAAGAGGGUAUUAUUUACAGAGCGAACCGGCUGGUAAACUGGUGUACCAAGCUCAACACUGCCGUGUCGAAUCUCGAAGUCGUCAAUAAAGAGUUGUCUGGUCGUACUCUGAUCGAUGUCCCUGGUUACGAUAAGAAGGUCGAGUUUGGUAUCAUUGUCCACUUUAGAUACGAGAUCCAAGGCACGGAUGAGACGAUCGAGGUUGCAACAACACGUCCGGAAAUCAUGCUUGGAGAUACUGGUCGACUAAUGCCAAUUGUCGCUGACGACUAUGUCGAAAAGGACUUUGGUACUGGUGCAGUCAAAAUCACUCCUGCCCACGACGCCAACGACUUUGCGCUCGGCUCACGACAAAAUCUUGAAUUCAUCAAUAUCUUGACUGACGAUGGUCGGAUGAACGAGAACGCAGGCCCAUAUGCGGGACAGAAGCGCUUUGAUGUCAGGUACACCAUCCAAGACGAUCUCAAGAAGGCUGGUCUGUAUGUUGACAAGAAGGAUAAUCCCAUGACCGUUCCACUUUGUGAGAAGUCUAAAGAUGUUAUUGAGCCCCUCUUGAAGCCUCAGUGGUGGAUGAAGAUGAAGGAUAUGGCGGCAGAUGCGUUGAAUGCUGUUAAGACCGGCGAAAUCAAGAUCCUCCCGGAGACUGCAGAGAAGAGUUACAUUCGAUGGAUGGAGAAUAUUAACGAUUGGUGUUUGUCGAGACAGCUGUGGUGGGGCCAUCAGGCGCCGGUAUAUUUCGCGCAGAUCGACGGCGAAGAGCACGAUGAGGCUACUAAGAAGGCGUUGCCCGGAAAAACCUUUACUCUCAAGAGAGAUGAAGAUGUCCUGGAUACCUGGUUUUCAGCUGGCUUAUGGCCUUUUGCUACUCUUGGUUGGCCGAAGAAUACCCACGAUUUCGAGACGCUCUUCCCCACGUCUGUUUUGGAGACAGGAUGGGAUAUUCUAUUCUUUUGGAUUGCUCGGAUGAUUAUGUUCAGCAUUAAGCUAACUGGCAAAGUUCCCUUUACCGAAGUCUUCUGCCACUCACUAAUCCGGGAUUCUGAGGGUCGGAAGAUGUCUAAAUCACUGGGUAAUGUCAUUGAUCCCCAAGAUGUCAUCGAGGGCAUUGCACUAGAAGAUCUACACAAGAAGCUACUGCUUGGCAAUCUCAACCCCUUAGAGGUUGAGAAGGCCACGAAGUACCAGAAGACUGCUUUCCCAGAUGGAAUUCCCGAAUGUGGUACUGAUGCAUUGCGCUUUGCAUUAGUCUCAUAUACUGGUGCUAGCGACGUUGCGUUUGAUAUCAAGGUUAUUCAUAGCUAUCGAAAGUUUUGCAACAAGAUUUACCAAGCUACGAAAUAUGUGCUGGGCCAUAUUGGCGACGAUUUUGUUCCACGAAGUUCCGGCAAGCUCACAGGCAAAGAGUCUCUCGCGGAACGAUGGAUUCUCAAGAAGCUGACAAUUGCCGCUCGCGAUCUCAACCAAGCCAUCACCGAUCGCGAGUUUAUGAAGUCGACAACCAUCAUCUAUCAAUACUGGUAUAACCAGCUUUGUGAUGUCUAUAUCGAGAAUUCGAAGGCUAUCCUGCAAGACGGUACACCGGAAGAGAAACGAUCGGCUCGGGACACGUUGUAUACUUCUCUUGAGAGCGGGUUGACUCUCAUUCACCCAUUCAUGCCCUUUCUGACUGAAGAAUUAUGGCAACGCCUUCCCCGCCGCCCGGAUGACAAGACACCAUCGAUCGUGUUGGCUCUUUACCCAAGUUACGAUGCCAACAUGGAUGAUCCCGCCGCGGAAGUAGCUUAUGAACUCGUGAUGGAUAUUUCGAGGGGAAUCCGCUCAUUGCUGUCUGAGUACUCCCUCAAAGGGGAGGGCAAAGUAUUCGUUCAAACGUAUACGCCAACGGCACACGAAAUAGUCGGAGCCCAGAUCCAAUCCAUCCGCUCACUCUCCGGCAAAGGCAUUGCUUCUAUGUCAAUCCUGACAGCUACUGAUCCCCGACCCUCGGGCUGCGUAGCAUUUUCGAUAUCCACUGAUGCAGCUGUCUUCGUGCACGUCAAAGGCCGCGUAGACAUCGACCAUGAGAUCACAAGGGCAACCAAAAAGCUUGACAAGACAAAACUCGGUAUCGAGAAACAGCUGAAGAUCUUGAGUGACGAGAGCUACAAGGAAAAGGUGUCGAAGGAGGUGCAGCAGGCUGAGGAGAGUAGAUUGAAGGACUUGGAGACCCAAAGAAAGGCGCUCGAGGAGACGAUCACUCAAUUUGAAGCUCUAACAGAUAAGCUGUGA